AUUACAUGCUUUCAGAUCACGAAAUUCACUUGCGGCGGGUUCGUGAUGGGCGUGCGGUUCAACCACGCGUCGGCGGACGGCAUGGGCGCGGCGCAGUUCAUCAAGGCGGUGGGCGACAUGGCGCGGGGGCUCCCGGAGCCGGCGGUGAAGCCGGUGUGGGACAGGGAGAAGUUCGCCAACCCGAGCAUCAAGCCUGGCCCGCUCCCGGAGGUCCCCGUGCUGGUGCUGGACUACAUCGUGCUCGACUUCCCCACGGGCUACAUCGACGGGCUCAAGACGCAGUACAAGGCACACAUCGGCAAGUUCUGCUCCGGCUUCGACGUGCUGACGGCCAAGCUGUGGCAGUGCCGCACCCGGGCGCUGAACCUGGAGCCGGAGGCCACGGUGAAGCUCUGCUUCUUCGCCAGCGUGCGCCACCUGCUGAAGCUGGACGCCGGGUACUACGGCAACUCCAUCUUCCCCGUGAAGAUGUCCGGGAGCAGCAAGAAGGUGCUGGAGUCGUCGUUGAUGGAGGUGAUCGACAUGAUCCGGGAGGUGAAGCAGCGGAUGGCGGUGGAGUUCUUCCAGUUCGCCAAGGAGGAGACGCGGCAGGAUCCCUUCCAGAUGAGCUUCGACUACGAGUCCAUCUACGUCUCCGACUGGAGCAAGCUGGGGUUCUCCGACGUGGACUACGGCUUCGGCUCGCCCAUGUUCGCCGGCCCGCUCGUGAACAACGACUUCAUCGCCUCCGUCGUCAUCCUCAAGGCGCCGCUGCCGCUGGACAGCACCCGGAUGCUCGCCAGCUGCGUCACCAAGGAGCAAUCGGAGGAGUUCGACCCGGGCCUGAAGGAGGGCCUGCCCCAUUUGAUACGAGACAAUAAAAAUGAUACAUACCUGCAUUUGGUUACUUGA